GCCACAUACGAUCAGAACCCAGCAAACGGGGGGCAAAGAAAGCCCAAAUCAUUUUCUCUGGAUUCCUUCUUUACAGUAAUCAGUCUUGUUCAUUCUUCUUUGAAACUUCUCAUCAACAUUCAACACACACACACACACACAUCUCUCUCUCUCGGCUUAUUCUUCUCAUUGAUCACUAUUAUUAUUGUUGUUACCAUUACCAUAUAUAUAUACCCCAGCAGCAUCUCGAAAACCCUAAUCUGAGGCGAUGGCGGCGGCGGCGGCGAGUCAGUGGCAACCACAAGAGGAAGGGUUUAGAGAGAUCUGUGGAUUGGUGGAGCAGCAAAUUUCACCGUCUUCUGAUAAGUCUCAGAUUUGGCAGCAACUUCAACAUUACUCUCAGUUUCCUGAUUUCAAUAAUUAUCUCGCUUUUAUACUCUCUCGCGCUCAGAGCAAGUCGGUGGAGGUUCGACAAGCAGCUGGCUUGCUGUUAAAAAAUAACCUAAAAAAUGCCUAUACGGCCAUGCCUUUGGCAAACCAGGAGUUUAUUAAAUCAGAAUUGCUUCCGUGUUUGGGAGCACAAGAUAGGCAAAUCCGCUCGACUACGGGGACUAUUAUAAGUGUGCUUGUUCAGCUCGGCGGUGUUGCUAGCUGGCCUGAGCUGCUCAAUACUCUUGUCAAGUGCUUGGAUAGUAAUGACUUGAAUCUUAUGGAAGGUGCUAUGGAUGCUUUAUCCAAGAUAUGUGAGGACAUUCCGCAAGUGCUGGAUUCUGAAACACCUGGAUCAUCUGAAAGACCUAUCAAUAUUUUUCUUCCCAGACUAUUCCAGUUAUUCCAAUCCCCACAUGCCUCAUUGAGAAAACUAUCGCUGGCCUCGGUGAAUCAGUACAUUAUGUUGAUGCCAAGCGUAUUGUACAUAUCUAUGGAUAAAUUUCUGCAAGGUUUGUUUGUUCUUGCUAAUGAUCCAAAUGCAGAGGUCCGGAAAUUGGUUUGUGCGGCUUUUGUUCAGUUGAUUGAAGUUCGUCCUGCAUUUUUGGAGCCGCACUUGAGGAAUGUGAUUGAAUACAUGCUGCAAGUCAACAAUGACCCUGAUGAUGAAGUGUCUCUUGAAGCCUGUGAAUUCUGGUCUGCGUACUGUGAUGCUCAAUUACCACCUGAGAACAUCAAGGAGUUCUUACCACGUUUAAUUCCAGUUUUAUUAUCAAACAUGGCUUAUGAUGAUGAUGAUGAGUCGCUUGCUGAAGCUGAGGAGGAUGGUUCUCUUCCUGAUCGAGACCAGGAUCUAAAGCCACGUUUUCAUACAUCGCGCCUUCAUGGAUCGGAGGAUGCGGAAGAUGACGAUGAUGACAUAGUGAAUAUUUGGAACUUAAGGAAGUGUAGUGCUGCUGCUCUUGAUAUUAUUUCAAAUGUAUUCGGGGAUGAGAUUCUUCCAACACUAAUGCCUUAUGUCCAGGCUAAGUUGUCCACCUCUGAUGAUGAGACCUGGAAAGAAAGGGAAGCCGCAGUUUUAGCUCUAGGGGCCAUAGCUGAGGGUUGCAUUAAUGGUCUUUAUCCUCAUCUCUCUCAGAUUGUUGCUUUCCUCAUCCCGCUCUUAGACGACAAGUUUCCUCUGAUCAGAAGCAUAUCCUGUUGGACCCUUUCACGUUUCAGCAAAUUCAUUGUUGAGGGUAUUAAUCAUCCGGAAGGUCAUAAACAAUUUGAGAAGGUCCUUGUGGGUCUUCUACGGAGAAUAUUAGAUAAUAACAAGCGGGUGCAGGAAGCAGCUUGUUCAGCCUUUGCAACUCUGGAAGAGGAAGCUGCCGAAGAGCUGGCACCACGAUUAGAUAUAAUAUUGCAACAUCUUAUGUGCGCAUUUGGGAAAUAUCAGAGGAGGAACCUUAGGAUCGUGUAUGAUGCUAUUGGAACUUUGGCAGAUGCUGUUGGAGUGGACUUAAAUCAGCCUAUGCAUCUUGAUGUGCUCAUGCCACCGUUGAUUGCCAAGUGGCAGCAACUAUCAGAUUCAGACAAAGACCUAUUCCCACUUUUGGAGUGCUUUACAUCUAUAGCACAGGCAUUGGGCACAGGAUUCUCACAAUUUGCUCAGCCUGUAUUCCAGAGGUGCAUUAACAUCAUCCAGACUCAACACCUCGCCAAGGUUGAUGCUUCAGCUGGUAUUCAAUAUGAUAAAGAUUUCAUUGUAUGCUCCUUGGAUCUUCUAUCUGGAAUGACAGAAGGUCUUGGAAGUGGGAUUGAGAGUUUGGUUUCAAACAGUAAUUUGAGGGAUCUGCUUCUACAAUGUUGCAUGGAUGAUGCUCCUGACAUCCGGCAAAGUGCCUUUGCACUUCUUGGAGACCUUGCAAGAGUUUGUCCUAUUCAUCUACACCCCAGGUUGUCUGAAUUUCUUGACAUUGCUGCUAAGCAACUGACCACUAUGAAACUUAAAGAAAAUGUUUCAGUGGCCAACAAUGCUUGUUGGGCGAUUGGAGAACUAGCAAUCAAGGUACGUCAAGAAAUUUCUCCAGUGGUGGUGACAGUGAUAUCAUUGUUGGUUCCAAUACUUCAGCAUGCCGAGGAACUCAACAAAUCUCUUAUUGAGAACAGUUCUAUCACGCUUGGCAGGCUUGCAUGGGUUUGUCCGGAGCUAGUAUCACCACAUAUGGAGCACUUUAUGCAAUCCUGGUGUCUUUCGCUAUCGAUGAUACGUGAUGAUAUAGAGAAAGAGGAUGCCUUCCGUGGAUUAUGCGCGAUGGUUAGAGCAAAUCCACCCGGAGCAUUAAGUUCACUGCCUUUUAUGUGUAAAGCAAUUGCAAGCUGGCAUGAAAUAAUGAGUGAGGAGCUGCGGAAUGAAGUUUGCCAAGUUUUGCUUGGAUACAAACAGAUGCUUAGGAAUGGAGCAUGGGAACAGUGCAUGUCAUCUUUAGAACCUCCUGUGAAGGAAAAGCUUUUAAAGUAUCAAGUAUAGUAUCCAGACCAGGGUUGUGGGCUGUACUUGGUUCAUAUUUUUUCCAGAAAGUUUGUAACUUCUACAUCAUAUUGUACAUUGUCAUAUUGAAAGUGGAUCCAUCUUCAAGCACCGACCAAAACCUGGUCCAAACCACUGAGAGAUCACAUAUUGAAGCGUUAAAGCAGUAUUUGUUUCCUGCAAGGUUAUAAAUGUUACAAAAGUAAUCAGUUCAGUUAAGUUAGAAGCUGGGAUUCAGACAUGGAUAUGAUGUAUAGGGUUGCAGUUUUCAAGUUUGUGGGUUUUCUUUCUCUUCUUUUCCCCAGUAAGAAGGGCUACAUCUCUGCAUUCAAGAGUUAGAUUCAUUUUUUACUGUUCCGUAGUUUCUUUCGAACAGUUUUGACCAUUACUUUAAGUAGGCAGUCUUCUGUUCACCAAGGUUGUUGGGAGGGCUUUCAAUUUAAACAGAAGUGUAUCAAUGUUCAUGUUUUGGCAUCGUGGUUUUUGUGUUGUGUAGUGGCGGGAGCAUUUCUUGUAAUUGCAUGUUUGAGGUGGAUGGCUACGGGGGUUGGGAAUAAUAAUUGUACAAGUAAUAUAUAUGUUUAUAUUUCAUUUGAGCUCUAGUUUUUGUUCAA